UGAACCGGAAGUCAGGAAGUCCUGCAGUAGGAAAUUAAAAAUGGCUGCAGAGGGAACGAGGUCUGUGCUGUUCGUGUGUCUGGGUAAUAUUUGUCGCUCACCUAUAGCAGAAGCAGUUUUUAGGAAACUGGUAGCUGAUCAAAAUAUUUCAGAUAAGUGGAGGAUAGACAGUGCAGCAACAUCUGCAUAUGAAAUAGGAAACUCCCCUGAUUAUCGAGGGCAGACUUGCAUGAAGAAACAUGGCAUUACCAUGAAUCAUAUUGCCAGGCAGAUUACCAAAGAAGAUUUCCUGACCUUUGAUUAUAUACUGUGUAUGGAUGAAAGCAAUCUGAGAGAUUUGAAUAGAAAAGUUAAUCAAGUUAAAAACUGCAAAGCUAAAAUUGAACUUCUUGGAAGCUAUGAUCCACAGAAACAGCUUAUUAUUGAAGAUCCAUAUUAUGGAAAUGACUCUGACUUUGAGACUGUAUAUCAGCAAUGUGUGAGGUGCUGCAAAGCAUUUUUGGAAAAAUCUCAGUAAGGCUCACAUUCAUUUAUUGCUGAAGGACAACAGUGAUUGACAUCGACUUAAAAAUGAUGUAUGUAUAGCAGUUGAUGUGUUAUUAAAGAGUAAUAAUGUACUACAUUUGGAGACCAUCAUUGUUUUUUCAAUUCAUUCAAUGUUCACAUAUGUUCUAAUUUGAAAGGUAAUGAAAAUCAGUCAUUAUUUUUGAAGUAAGACUAUUUUCUUACAUCAAUUAUAAUUAUCAAACAAGCUGGAACUCCCAGUCUAUGCCUCAGAUUUAAAAAAUGAAUUAAUUAUAUAGUGGAACAAACUAAAAUUUGCAUGUUAAAACUAAGAAAUCUCAACAGUCAUUUAUUAAAAAUGUUUGAUAGAGUUUUACUUUGAGAUGGUUUCAUUUAUGUCUAAUUGGAAUCUUUAACAGGUAGUGAAAACAUUUGCCUUUGUGUCCUAGAAGACAAUAGAAAAUAACUGAGGUCAUUGUGAAAAAUUAAAGAAAAAUGUAUUUUAUUGUUUCAGCAGUCGUUUCAUGACAGUAACUUAAUGAAGAACAAAUAUUCUUUCUGUUCAUCUUUACUAUCUUUUAAUAUUUUGGCUGUCUAUUAAAAUAAAUGUAUCCCCUGCC